AAAUACGAAUUUGUUACACCUACAUAGAGACAUAUAUAUAUAUAUAUGUAGUAUAUAUCGUUUGGAGGAGAUCAAAAGAGAGAAAAGGAAAGAAAAACAGGGGUAGUAGUGCCGGACAGUUCUCGUUGUCGAUGUCGUCGCGUAUCAUCGCGCUUCGUGCACGUUCGUCGCUCGCGCCACACUCGAGAACGCGUCGUCGUCGUCGUCGUCGCGAAAAAGCCACCCCUUCGCACUGUGCACGGUGCGACACUCGACAGUCGUCUCGACGCCACGAACGAGCGCGCUUCUUCUUCUUCUUCGUCUUCUUCUUUGCUGCCGCUUCCUCCUACAAUUCUUCUAGAUUUUCUUCCUCCACUGCAACAGCCGUCGCAAGAACCGCCGCAGCAACCCUCGAGAAGGUGUCAUUUCAUUUUGAGUCAACGGUCGAGCAUAGACGACAACGGAAGGAGAGACAGAAGUUCUAGUAGUAUUAACGGAAACAACGCAUUACCUAAAAUCAAUCGUGUCGCGUUUUCAUAUUUGAUUUUUAUUUGAUACUUUAUUCAUCUUAUUCUUAUUCUUCUUUAUCGCGUGACACACGCGCGCGUGUCGAUGCUCUCCCACUACUACUACUACUACUACUACUACAAUUACCACCACCACCACCAUUACUAUUAUCAUCUCCAUCACUACCACCACCACCUCCAGCUGCCACCGUUGGAAGCUCGUUGCCGCGGCAGGAGGCAGCACAGCUCCACGCAGUACACCCUUCUACACGGUGGAAUUUAAGGUUAUAAUCCCGACGCGUUUUACUCUCACGCGUUGAUACGUCCAUCUCGUUGUUCGGACUCUUCUUCCCACUGUUAUCGCCCACCACGUCGACAACGUCGUCGUCGUCGCCGUCGUCGCCGUCGUCGUCGUCGCCGUCGUCGUCGUCGUCGUCGCCGUCGUCGUCGUCGUCGUCGUCGUCGUCGUCGUCGUCGUCGUCGUAAUGGACAUCACACAGCGUAUCUACAAGUAACCGUCCACUCACGACACUUUCGAACGACCUCGCGGCAACACGGCUUAAGUUCGAGCACUGAAGGGUCUGGAGGGUACGAAGGCGAGAAGAAAUGAGGUGGACGUGACACAAUGACAUGAUGAAGAGCCUGGUGGGGAUCAUGUGGAUAGUGUUGGUGCUCAUAUCAGGAUGCUCAGGAAAUCCAGACGCAAAGCGACUUUACGACGACCUCCUCUCGAAUUACAACAAACUGGUACGUCCGGUGGUAAACGUCACGGAUGCCCUCACCGUCAAGAUCAAGCUCAAACUCUCGCAGCUCAUCGACGUGAACUUGAAGAAUCAGAUCAUGACGACGAAUCUUUGGGUCGAGCAGUCAUGGUACGAUUACAAAUUAAAAUGGGAUCCGAAGGAGUACGGUGGAGUGGAAAUGUUGCACGUGCCAUCCGAUCAUAUAUGGAGACCAGAUAUAGUUUUAUACAACAACGCCGACGGUAACUUCGAGGUAACACUAGCGACGAAGGCAACGUUAAAUUAUACAGGGAGAGUUGAGUGGAAGCCACCGGCGAUUUACAAGUCUUCCUGCGAGAUCGACGUAGAGUAUUUCCCUUUCGACGAGCAGACCUGCGUUAUGAAAUUUGGAUCGUGGACUUAUGACGGCUUCCAGGUCGACCUUAGACACAUCGACGAGAUCCAUGGCAGUAACGUCGUUAACCUUGGCGUCGAUCUGUCGGAAUUUUAUACUUCCGUCGAGUGGGACAUACUCGAAGUUCCGGCCGUUAGAAACGAGAAGUUCUACACGUGCUGCAACGAGCCCUAUCUCGAUAUCACGUUCAACAUUACGAUGAGGCGAAAGACUCUCUUUUACACAGUCAACCUCAUAAUACCGUGUAUGGGUAUAUCGUUUCUCACGGUACUCGUCUUCUAUCUGCCGAGUGACAGCGGUGAAAAGGUCAGCCUAUCUAUUUCGAUUUUACUCUCGUUGACUGUGUUCUUCCUUCUUCUGGCUGAAAUCAUCCCACCCACGUCACUCGUUGUACCGCUUCUUGGUAAAUUCGUCCUUUUCACCAUGAUUCUAGAUACUUUCAGCAUAUGCAUCACAGUGGUAGUACUCAACGUUCACUUCCGUUCACCACAAACUCACGUGAUGGCACCAUGGGUUCGCCGUGUCUUUAUCCAUGUCUUACCAAGAUUACUCGCAAUGCGCAGGUAUAAUACAACUUCGAAGAGAACCGAUUACGAUUCCAGGCCGCAGUAUGAGAUAGAUAAACGUAGUAUAGGCGGACAACAUGGACAACGGGUGAUGGUCAGAACUUGCAAUGGUCUUGAAUUGAGAGAUCCAUCUCUAUUCGUUGAAACUUCAGCUUCGGAGUUGGUUGAAUCUUCUGUUCUCUUCCCAAGUUUAGACUCGCAAGACGAACUUCAUCCUCGUGAAUUAGAAGCAGUAAAUUUAGGAAGUGCGUGUCGUAUUCACGGCUCGCCUGCAGCCACUGUGGCACCACCACCUCAGCUCCCAACGGAGGAAAGCGUUGAUGCUCUCUGCAACACGCUUCAUCACUGGCAUCACUGCCCAGAACUGUACAAGGCCAUCGAAGGCAUUCGUUUUAUCGCCGAGCACACAAAAAGGGAAGAGGACUCUACCAGAGUCAAAGAAGAUUGGAAAUAUGUUGCGAUGGUGCUCGAUAGGCUAUUCUUGUGGAUUUUUACACUAGCCGUGGUUGUCGGUACGGCGGGUAUAAUAUUACAAGCGCCAACUUUGUACGACGAUCGCGUCCCUAUCGAUGUACGACUCUCCGAGAUCGCCUCCACCACUGCCAAGCCACACAUCGUUACAAGCCUCUGAGGGCCAAUUGCUAAUUACCCCGUUACCCUCACGUAUACCUACAAACACAAAAGACACACCCAUUGUAAACAAAACAAUGUGUCAGAAGUAACGACUAAAAGACUGAAGUCUCGGUGAGUCUUCGACUUUUAUUAACGAUUAAUUCUUUUGCUCGUACGUUCGAUCGUAUAUGUUUACACAUACGAUAUAUAUCUAUGUGCACGUAUGUACGCGAGUAUAUGUACGACGAGCGAAGAGAAAUAGGAAAAAAAAAGUAAAAUUAAAUAAAAUUAAAUAAAAUAAGAAAGCAGAAGUCGCGCGCGUACCAAGCUUUCGACCCGUGACACAACGAAGAUAAAAAGAGAGUUCGAAGGUUGGUGAGAAGAGAGCCGUGCGAUAAAAUUCUCAGAGCUUAGAAAAAUGAAAGACUUUUUCUUCUUAAUUUCUCCUUUUUUUUGUUUAAUUUUAUAUGAAAAUUGUUAGUUUUACGUCAAAACGACUCGAAUAACUUAGGAAUAUAUUUACACGUAGAGCCAACAUCGCCCUUCAUUAUAUUGUAAUAUCUCCUUUCUAUGGUGUUAUCUCUGAGAAUUGUGUCAUGGGUACAGCGACAUGUAUGUGUGUGUGUGUGUGUUUGUGUAACGGAGGAGAACAUUUAGCAACAAAACAAGUAUUUAUUCGCCGCACCGUUCGACGCAAGCACAGCCUCUCUUUUCGGGGACCGUAAUAUGUUGCGUAUAGAAAGUCACAAUGACAUUUAAUGAAGGUAAUAAAUAAAUUAAAAAAAUAUAUAUAAAAAAUAUAUAUGUAUUAUAUAUAUAAUUAGGAUCAAGCGAUUGAAACACAUACAUACCGUAGAGAUAAUACAAAUGAGAAAAAGAGAGAGAGAGAGAGAGAGAAAGAGAAAGAGAGAGAAAAGAGAUCUUAAAAGUUCAAGUAAGUUCAAUUUUAUGCCAGAUGCAUUUGAAAGAAACGAAAUCGUCGUAAUUACUUUUUUUUUUUUUCAUUUUAUCGAAUGUUUCGCCAUUGAAAAAAGUCAAUUUACAAAGGGUUGACGGAGUUAAUUGUGCCGAAGGAUCAACAAGGAUUCAAGACUGAAAGUUCAGGAACGAUAGAUUCUCGUUCAAUUCUCCUCGCUUUCCUCGUGAUCAUUGUUACUCGAUGCGGACAACAUCCGUCACCCUAAUUUUUUUUUAACGUCGAUAAUUAUCGUUUACAAGCAGGAUUGGGUACAUAUUUUAAAUCAGUCAAUUUUAUCGAAUAAAGUUUUCGGUUCUACAGAUAUUUUGUAAUAGUUAUACAAAAAAGAAUAAUAAAAUAUACGAAUGUCCGAACGACUUAUGCAAGUGAAUUGAAAGAAAAACUCGAUUUUAAACGAUAAAUUCAUUGGAAUAUAUGAAAGGUGAUUUAAAAAUUUCGAGUUACAUACCGGUUAUUAGAAGAGUGUUCGUGAGAAAAAAAAAAGGAAGAACAGAGGGAAUAAGCAAAGAAGAAAGAAAAUGAAAUGUUUAAAAUACGUGCUCAUCCUGUUUAACCCUCCCACACUCCGAAAAAAAACAUGUGGAAAUUCUUAUAAUUAUAAUACUAUAUUACCGAGACUUUCUCGUCUUGUUGUACAGAAAAGGAAAUUGUAAAAAAAUGGGACCGAAAUAUAUUUUACAUUUAUA